UCUGAUCUAAUUGAAUCCUCCUCACCGCAAAGGACAAACCUUUUGGAAACGAACAGAUCUUAUCUCUGCAGAUUGAUUUUCCGAUGGGUUGGAGAUACAAAGCUGGUCUCUUUUUGAUUGGUACCGUUGUUGUCAUAUGGGUCACCUCUGCUGAAGUUACUCAGGAUAUAUUUACAGCAUAUAAGCAGCCAUUUGCAGUCACGUACCUUGGAGCUUCUCUUAUGAUUGUUUACCUUCCCGUUGCCUUCCUCAAAGACUGGCUUUGUCGGUACCUAGAUCGAAGACGCUCUUCCAGAGCCAAUGAUGCGUCCUCUGUUGUUGAUGUCGGUUCUCCUCUGAGGCAUAAAGUUAUUGAGAUGGGACUUCAAGGGACUAUCACUAAGAAAGACAGCGAGGAAGAUGUGAGACCGUUGAUUGGUAGAGGGAAAGAAGAAACACAGAGACAUGGGAAAGAGAUCAUCGCUACAAAGCAGAUUGUGUUGUAUGGUCUUUACCUCGCGCCGAUUUGGUUUGUCACAGAGUAUCUGUCUAAUGCUGCUCUUGCGCGUACAAGCGUGGCGAGCACUACUGUUUUGUCUUCAACCUCAGGACUGUUUACUCUUUUCAUUGGUGCAUUGUUGGGACAAGACACUCUGAACCUGUCGAAAGUAGUUGCUGUGUUUGUGAGCAUGGCUGGUGUGGUCAUGACAACCUUGGGGAAAACUUGGGCUGCUGAUGACUCCCAACUAAACUCUUCACUCAACGGGCAACGGUCCCUUGUUGGAGAUCUCUUUGGGCUUCUCUCUGCUGUCUCCUAUGGACUAUUUACAGUGCUUCUAAAGAAGUUUGCUGGUGAAGAAGGAGAAGGUGUUGAUGUGCAAAAGCUGUUUGGAUACAUAGGGUUGUUUACACUUGUUGCUCUCUGGUGGCUUGUGUGGCCAUUAACAGCAUUAGGGAUCGAACCAAAAUUUACCAUACCACACUCUGCCAAGCUUGAUGAAGUUGUUUUGGCUAACGGGUUCGUUGGAAGUGUCCUCUCUGACUACUUUUGGGCACUUUCUGUGGUGUGGACGACUCCGCUAGUAGCGACACUGGGCAUGUCUCUCACGAUUCCACUGGCGAUGGUUGCUGACAUGAUGAUUCAUGGUCGUCAUUAUUCUGCCAUCUACAUUCUUGGCUCUACUCAGGUGUUUGCUGGAUUUGUAAUAGCUAAUAUAUCGGACUUGUUCUCCAAGAAGCUUGGUUUGUGACAGUUGGCGUCAAAGCUUUGUCAAUGAUUCUUUUUUUUGUGGGUAGAAAUUGUAUCCUCUGGAUUCAUGGUUGGAAUGAUAAGGGGGUUCCCCUGUUUAAUUGAAUGAAAGAAAGAAUGAAUGUGAUUACCA